UACGAAACCUUUAUUCGUACCAUAAUCCCUGUGGUGAACGGCAUGCGUCUCCAAGCAGGAGUGAAGUAUAGAGCAAAGUCAUCAUUGGCCAGCAAGCCACCACACACGUGACCCAGUCUUGGCGGGCGGACGGAUUCCGAGCUUCGUUGGAGCUCCUUCGCGACAUCAUCUCUGCUCUCCCCACCCUUGACCAUCUCAACCAUGGACGCGCAAUUCCAGUCCACCCUGUCAAACCUAGAAAACAGGCUCAAUGCUCUCAUCAGUAGUCUGACGACCUCCCCCACCGCUGCAGGCGCACCGGCCGCCGCGCUCAACCUCCUCGAAGCCGACGACGCGUUGACCUCAGACAUCGCGACCCUGCGACAACACCAGGAAAACUAUGCAAGGAUAUUAAAACUCCGCGAGGAGUCAGCAAGUCUAGAAGAGAAAGUGAAAGACAUUGUACGGGAGGUAGUGCGGCAUGAAAAGGACAUUCAGACCGCCUGCGGAGGCGACGUCUACGACGACUCGGACGACAGCUCCGACUACGAAGAUGACGUGAGUGGCGCGCCGGGGAAGCCCGCCCGCGGCCGUACCAUGCGGGAGAUUGACUACAAGCUCUUGCUGGACUUUGCGCGACGAAUCAGCAAGUACAACCACCAGGCCGCGGCGGACGCAGCGGCCGGGGCACCGGCCAAACCGCGACCGCAGAUCCAGCAGGCACAGGAACCCGCCGACACGGAGAUGACAGGGAUGAAUAGCCACGGUGGGGCGGGGGCCACAGGGACAGAAGAGGGCGUCGCGCCGGUGGCCAGCGUCACCAAGGAUGCGACGUCCUGGCUGGACGAGUCGGCCAACAUGACGCGCCAGGUGUAUAUGCUGCCGUACCCGAUGGAAGACCGCAUUCGGAUGGGCCUUAUGGGCCAGAUCCAGCUGGCGUCCGGGGAAGGCAAACCGGAUUUUGAUGCCGAUAAGGAGGUGGAACGGUUAAUUCGCGAGGCGGAGGGGCUGGGUACCGCAGGGGCGGUUCCGCCGGCGGCGGAGAUGGGAGAGGCGACGCGACAUGCCGAGGAGGCGGCCAAAGCCGCGGCUCAUGCUGGGGUAGCUGCAACGAGCGGCCGGGCUGCGGUGGCGGCUGCGCCGGCUCCGAAGCCCAAGGCUAUGCUUGAUCUGGACUUGUACGACCCGGAUGAGGAUGACGAGUAGGGGAGGCUGCAGUAUACCGGACCAACAGUCAACAUUCAAUGAUUCCUAUCAACUGGGGAACUUACAGACCCAAGUCAAAUGUGGACGUCUCGCCCUUGUUUCGACCAUCUACCUGGGAAGUCAGCCACGGAACCCAGUCGCUUCGAAUCCAACACCAAUACAGUGCAAGGUGGUUGCCACAUCACAGCGAAAUCGCGGGACAGAUUUCGUAAUUAAUACGCACUAUCCAUUAGAAUCCAGGGCCAAGUCCAGCGCCGGGGCCCUAGCUUUCCCACACUGAUCU